AUGUCGGCUCGAGAAGAAAUACAAAGAGCGUGUGACGAAGACGCGAGAUUUGCGAGAAUUUGGCUCGAAGUUCAAAAAGGCGUGGCGAGAAAUAUGACUUUUGAUAGCGACACCACAACUACCACAACCAUAACAACAACUGGUGAGAUUGAAGCAGAUAAUGAUGCAUCACAAUCAAUUGUGUCGUCACCAUCGACAUCAAUUGCUCCACUCUUCCCUUCAGAAUUAUCGGACUCUGACGUUAAACGAUUGAUCGAUCAGUACUAGUGAGUUUUAAAUUAUAAUUUUUCUAAUCUACUAACUAAAUAUAUUUUCAUAAUUUUUUAAGUUAUGGAAGUGCCAAGCUUUUGCAUAAACCGGAUUAUCCAUUUUACACCGAAGGAAUUAUUGUUUCAAGCAAUGGUGAACGUGGAAUCGAAGUUUUUUCUCGACGAGUUGGAAAAGUUGAAGUAAAAGGAAACAAAAAAUCCGGAGAUGAGCUCGCAUAUUGGUUGGAAGAGGAAAACGGUCGCCGUGGUGUAAAGUGUUGGUCAAAUAAAUCAAAUUUGGGAAAUUUUCGGCCAACUGUGAAAUUUAUGAAAAAUAAUGGAUUUUCCAUUACAAGUUUCGGAUUAUUGGGGUUCAGCAGAAGUGAAGAUGAGAAAGAUUGGAUUGUCUGGAAUGAUUUCUGUGGUUUAAUGAAAGUAAGAAUUGGAUCAUCGCGAAUUUCCAAACGAAAACAUAGCAUCACGAAUCCAAAUAUGGAAAUUGUUAAAAUCACAGGAGAUUAUGUAACAAAAAACCAGCUCCAGAUCAGCAACAUCGUAUACCACACCGACACUUCUCAUCAAGAGACUGGAUUCCCAAAUCAAGUGGUAUAUGUGAAUGAUCUCCAAUUCGACUCCAGUAAUGACAAAAUAUAUAAAUUUUGGUCUGCAAGUUUGGAAAUCCACUGUUUCAUCAAUGAUAAACAAUUCGUCUCGGAAGUCGACACAUCCCAGAAAUACGUGUCCUUCAUUGUUCCACACUUCCCGAAUCCUCAUGUUUUGGAAUGGCGAGGACUUAUUUUGGCAACUUCGGAAUAUGUCAAAGGAAAUGAGAUGUUGAACAUGUUUAAGAAAUUUGCAAAGAAAAACAACGAAAAACUCUUUGUAGGUAUUUCUCUUACAAUUCAUAUUUAUGAUUCUAAUUUUCAGCCAAUUGACAAUAAUGCUAAUGUGGCAACAGCAUCAAGCAGCGUCUCAUGUGACAUCACCAUCAUCAAAUCCGAAUAA